CAAAGAGAGACAGAGGGAACGCGAUGUAAAACACUAUCAUGAAGGUUAAAGAAAAAAGUGUCAUAUUGGAAUAUUAAAAAAAAAGAAAUAAGAAACGAAAAACAGAUAAAGCUCUACCUAAGGCAGGUAAGGUAAAACGAUGCAGUAAUCCUUAAAGAUGCGCAUACGUCUGUAUAUUAUCGUAGUCGUCAUUUUUGCGGCACGCAAGUCAGAGUCGCAGUCAACGCAGCCAAACGCUACCACAGGUGACCUAGCAGUUGCCUCAAAUGCCCAGUCCACCCAGCCAAAUGUCACUACAGGAGUCCCAGGGGCAGCUCUUGGUCAAGUAUCUGCUAAAGCAUCAGUACCUACUGCGGAACAGAUCCUUGGAAAGCUACUAGGCAUGGCCUCGCAGUCCGCUCCUGCGCCUGCACCAGCGCCCCUUUACCCCCUAGCCCAGCAGCAACUUUUUCCAGGGUAUCCGUACAGCAACACAGUCGCCAGGUCACAGAACAGGCCAGGUGCACCUCCACUGCUCAACAGCUUACUUUCUGGAAACCGCCCAACACCGCAAACAGAAGACAAUCCCGGGCCCCAACCGGUCUACCCUCCUAACCCUCCUGAGCCGUAUUCUCCUUACGGAAGGCGCGGAAGAAAACACCCCGAUGCGGACGACCCUCCGGAUGACGAGGAGGAGGGUGCGGCGCCAGAUGGGAGCGAGGAUGAUGCAGCAAACCCCGCUGAUGAGGAGUACAACGACGAGAGAGGAAGGGGAAGGCGCCUUUUCGGCAGGCGAAGAAGGCUCGGAGAAAGAGGGCUUGGUAGAAACAGACAGGAAGGUGGAUGUUGUAGCUGCAAUAUCUGCUGGAAGGGAAUAAAGCCUCAUGUCGAGUGGGUCAGGGUACCCGUAUGCUAUCAUCCGUGUGGUAUCUGCUGCCCAAAGCACGAGGAGCAAGGAGCAUGCCCAUGCAUUAUGCACCCUUGCCAUCACUGCUGUUGCCAUCACUGCUGUCACUGUUGCCAUUGUUGUCACCCUUGCUGUCACUGUUGCCAUUGUUGUCAUUGCUGCCGUCGAAGUCAGACCGAAUGGAGGGCACCACUUGUUCAUUACCCGAAAAGAUUCAAGAAAUUUUCCAUGAAAAUUAAAACAAAGAAGUCAAAGAAAUACAAGAAGAAAACCAACAACUCCAGGAAACAUAAUAGCUAAUGGCAAGUUUGAAUGCUUGGUUGGUUUUAAGAAACGUAUUCAAACGUAGUCCGUGAAACCAAAAAAUAAAGCCGAGGAAAGGCAAGGUAUCUAUGAAAAAAAGCAGAAACAAAACAGGUUAUCUUUACCUGUGCUGCGAGACUUAUCCUAGGGCAUUCUCGAUGGCUUUUAGACGGCUGCAAGUUAUUUUAACUAUACCAACUACAUUGUAUAUGAUAGCAAAUUUCAAAUUCAUAUUCAGUACUAUUGUAAAAACAUAAAGGAGGCGAAAUGACCAAAAAGGUAGUCACAUUUACUUAAAAAAAGUUUUUUUCUUUCAAUCGCCUAAAUAUAGGAACCAUCAAUUAUCAUAAAAACAUGAUUAUCAUGAUUUUGAUCAUCAUUAUACAUAAAAUAAUAAUGUUAGAAUAGAAUAUUUCUACUGUA